CGUCUCUUCACCGCCUCACUCCAAGCUAAAUCUCACAAUGACCUCUAUGUUCGCAAGCGCCGCGCACACUGCUCAUUCUGUAGCAGCGGGAGUUCUCAAUACUGCACAGAUCAAAACAGGUGAACGAGUGCCUGUCAAGCCUGUCAAGGAAAACGAUCCUGGACAGCGUUUCGACAUCGAUUUGUCGGGUAAAAACCUCAUUAUCGGGAUUCCAGGUGCCUUCACGCCUACGUGCAGCUCUCAGGUCCCAUCGUAUGUCUCCGACUAUGACAAGUUUAAGGCGAAGGGAGUCAAGGAUAUCUUCGUGGUGGCCAUCAACGAUGUUUUUGUGAUGAAAGCAUGGAAGGAGAAGCUUGCCCCACAAGGCACCGGAAUUCGAUUCAUUGCAGACGACAGGGGAGAGUUCACCGGCGCCCUCGGGCUACUCUUUGAUGCGACCGAUUUACUUGGAGGCCUACGUGCGAAACGCUAUGUCAUCAUCGUGCAAGACGGCAAGGCAGAAUAUGUCGGGGUUGAACCAGAUGUUUCAAAGACAACAAUUACAUCGGCAACGGACGUGAUCGAAAAGUUGUAAUGUGGCAAUAGCUUACGGAGGAUCUUUCAUGUGUUUGAGGGGUUAUGAGAGUCGUGUUAGCACGUUCAUGGCGCAGGCGAUGUGCACGUACAGCGUUCUCAUGUGGGAGUAACCGUACGAGCUCUGAGAUACAAACGAGAUACGACAAGCCUGUUCACAUAUGUAGGAUCUCCUGGAGGAUGGCUGAGGCAUGUAUGUCAGUCGACGUGUUAUUGAGCUCAGCAAACUACACGCCCUUCUGGUAACUCCGGUAACCUAUCUGCCCCCAUCGCCAUCCCAGGCGAAGGGGGGUCCGUUAUCUCUUCGGGGUGGUGAUGCGUAUGAUUGCAACUGUAAUGUGGACGUAAACGACGCUGUCACCUCGUUUACAAGGUCAUUGCACCUGAAAUUGAAAAUUCG